CACAAGAUCAGGUCAUGGGAGAGUAAGAUCUAUUGUUGUUAACCAAAUCUGCAAACAUGGCUCUGUAAAUUUCCAAUCAAUGUCGUCUCUCACCAUGCAAACAUCCCCUUCUUCUUCUUCGCAUGAAUGGGGUACUGUUUUCCUUAGUUUCCAUGGCGGGGACACCCGUCAAAAUUUUACCGCCCAUCUGUAUAAUGCUUUGGAACAAAGAGGCCUUUCCACCUAUAGGGAUGAUAAAGAGCUGGAGAGAGGAAGAUACAUAUCUCCAGAACUCUUGAAGGCAAUUGAAAAUUCCAUGUAUGCGGUCGUCGUUCUCUCUCCAUCCUACGCUUUUUCGAGAUGGUGCUUAUUUGAACUCGCCAAGAUCGUUGAAUGCAUUGAAAAGACGGGGUUGAUACUUUUGCCAGUCUUCUAUCACGUGGAUCCCUCUCACGUGAGAAAUCAGAAAGGUACUUUUGCAGGAGCUUUUGUUAAACAUGAAAACAGUCCCAAGAUUGUCGGAGAUGAUUUGCGAACAUGGAAAUCUGCUUUGAGAAAAGUGGGCAAUAUCUCCGGAUGGGAUAUACGAGAUAGCCUGGGCCUUUACAAGGGUCUCUGGAUUGUUCAACAAAAGAGGGCUUCGGGGAGAGGGAGAAGGGAAUUUUUUGAAAUCACAGUGAAGGGAUUGAGGGCUUCGGGGAAGGGAGGGGCUAAGGUCAGAACCGGUUUGUUGUUAGUGAACCCAAUCUGACACGUCAGGUGUGGGGUGUGUGUUUGGUGGACCCACUAAUCUAUAGAAUUUUUCUUACCUGUUUGCCUGAGUAAUGCUAAUUUCAUAAGGAAAAGAUUUUAACCCUAACUUAUAAUAAUUACCUAGUUGUCUUUGUUUUUUCCCUUUUGGUUACAAAAGUGAUCAUGUCAGUUGGUAUUGCAUCUGAAUUAUUACACACACACACAAACUCAAAAAAGUAAGACAAAAAUAAGUACACAUUCUAGUUUAGUGAAAUUUCAUGGGUCCUUUAACAUAAAUAAUUCAUUAUGAAGGGGAUAAAAUAUCCCAAAUCCAAUAGGGUCUUCCAAGCCCAGCCUAAAGGUGGGGUUCUCAUCAAGAGGGAAGUGAGAGAAGAAUAAAGGGUGGAUAAGAGGAUGAGGAAAGAAGGUGCGUCAGGAGAAAAAGUAGGAGAUAUAACAUAAAGGAGGAGAGAUGUGACAUAAAGGGGAGGAAAAUUAGAAAAGAAAAAAAAAAGAAAGAAAGACAAAGGGCCAGAUUGUAAGGGAGAGUCCUAGCGACUUCUUCAACCUGGCAACGAGAGUUUGAGAGAGAAGAUCUCUCCCAGCAAAUAGAUCUUUGACUUCAUUGUACAACGAGGAUUAGAGACUAUGGGAAAUUGUAAAUGAUCAUAUUAUAAUGGAUUUUCCCUCCAAGCAACUCACGGACGUAGGCAUUGUGUCGAAUCACAUAAAUUUGUAUGUCUCCCUCUCUUUUUUUCUAAAUUUAUUUUCCAUUCACUGCAAUAGAUGUAUAUACGGAUGUCAUUCAGUUGCACCAGGAAGCCGUCAAGGGGCUCCAAACCACAUCGUUCGAGCCCCGAAUCUUCAUAGAGUGUCGGAAUUGACUUUUUCGGCCUAUUGUGCAAUUUUUUAUAUUAAUUGUUGGCUGUGGGAUUUGAUUUACCUUCUACAUCGGAAAUGGGUGAAAGACGAUUUUUCGAUGUGCUAAAUUAUCUCCGAAUGAGAAGAUAAAAUUUUUCAGAUAAGUAUACUCGGCCUUUCAACUUUUAUUUUUAUGAACAACACUGUCACAAAGAUUGGGCGAAUGAACACAUCCUCGCCCAUGUGGUUGCCCGAGCAUAUGAGUUACCCUACCACUUGAGCUGCAAGUGCUCUGUGCUUUUUAUGUGCACUCUGCACUUAAGUGCAUAGUGUACAUACUGUCAACGGUGCACGUAAAUGUACUGUGCACAUGCACACAAACAAGCGGGUAAGCAUUAUGCACUUAAGUGCAUAGUGCCAUUUAGUGCAUGUCCCCACUGUGCAUGGCACACACAUGUGGCAUAUGGGUGCACAUAAUGUGCACCCAUACCACUCGCAGCCUCUAACCGAGAGUCUGCUAUGGCAGCCAGCAGCCACCAUGUGGACCGCUGGCACCUUUUGCCUCAACGUGGGCUACCUCCAGUCACGAAGGUUGUGCCCAUCAUGGGUGGGCAGGGACACCACCAGUAGGCUCUGGGACCAUUGGUGAGGUGUCACUCAGUGACGAUGAGUUGCCCCCCUCCCCACCCCUGUCAAACAAACUCACCCAGUGUAUGCAGUCGGAGAAAAUUUCACCAGCUAUCCAAGGGCUGUUAAGGCUGUUGGCGACCACGACUGGGCCAACUGGUGGUGUCUGUCACCAUCUAAAUGCUUCAUUCCCCAUAACUAGCCCCCAUGAUGACAUGGUGUGUUGCUCAGCACCUAGGGGCAAAAACCAAUCGACGCCAUCAACGAUGGGUAUAUAUGCAUAUAUCUUUAAAUUUCAAGAUUUUGUUUUUAUAUAAUGUAUUUUAUAUUAAUUAUAAGUACAUAAAAAAAUAUUUCAUUUGAACAACUAACUUAUAUCUUUUUUAUUAUUGUAACAAUAUUGAUCCAAGAUAAAACAGGAUAAAUGGCAUAAGAUUAAUCUCUCUCUAGCUUGAGAUGUAAUGUGGGUUUGAACUUGAAGCAUUGAUGAAGUGGGCAUAAUAGGUUUUCCUUGGAAAGUUCACAAUUUGUGUGCUAAGUACACACACACACAAAUUAGUUGGAGGUUGGAGAUCUAUGCAGUCCAUGGAAGUGUUUAACAUUUGUGAUAGUGGACGAUCCUACAUCGAUUAAAUGGUGUAGCUAGCGAUAUGAUGGCCAUGGCUUGAUGCUAAUAAUUAUAUUCUUGUUGGGUUUAAUUGUGAUAGAAAUGUGUUAUCUCUGAGCGACCACUUAUAUAUAUAUAUAUUUUCAAAUAAUUAGUUGGUUUAAUUUCAUUAAUUUUAAUCGUCUUAAUUUUGGCAGAGAUGAGUCAACAGUUAUUGAAGAGAUUGUAGGAGAGAUACUUGCUAAAUUAAAUUCUACAUUCUCAGCUGUUUCCAAGAGCUUGUUGGAAUAGACUCUCGUCUAGAGAAAUUGAUGAAUUUGUAUUUAAAUAUUAGACCGGAUGAUGUUUGCUUUCUAGGUAUAUGGGGGAUGGGUGGUAUUGGGAAGACCACUCUUGCACGUGCUGCUUAUGACAAAAUUUCUAGUCAAUUUCAAUCAGCUAGUAGCUUUAUUGCUGAUGUUAGAGAAAGAAGUGGAGGAAAUGGCGGUCUAGUUGAUUUACAAAAACAACUUCUUUCCGAUCUCUUCAAGGAUAAAAGUAGCGACAUAAAGGAUGUCGACAGAGGAAAGAACAAAAUUAGACACAAACUACGUCAUAGAAGGGUUCUUGCUGUUGUGGAUGAUGUGGAUCAAACCCAACAAUUAGAAGCAUUGGCAAUUGAGCGCGAUUGGUUUGGUGGAGGGAGUGUAAUCAUUAUAACAACAAGAGAUAAGCAUCUGUUGAUAGAACGUGGAUUGGCUGAUGAUGAAAUAUAUAGGGUUAAGAAUUGGAUGAUGAUGAAGCUCUCCAACUCUUUAGUUGGAAAGCCUUCAAGAAGCACCUCCCGCUAGAAGGUUUUGUGGAGCUUUCCAAGCAGAUUAUACAUUAUGCUAAUGGCCUUCCUUUAGCUAUUGAAGUUUUGGGUCGAUUCUUAUGUCGGCAAAAUGUAGACUUUUGGGAAAGUGCUUUGAAAAGUCUAAGACAAAAGCCCAAGAAAGAAAUCGUGGAUACACUUAAAAUAAGUUUCGAUGGACUCGAGGACAACGAGCAAAAAUUUUUUCUAGAUAUUGCAUGUUACUUCAAAGGGGACAAGUAUGUCGACCGUGUGAAGAGCAUACUAGAAAGUUGUGAUUAUCACCCAAGCAGUGGUAUAGAGAUUCUUAUCAGUAAGUCUCUCAUAACAAUCUCGAGAGGAAAACUGUGGAUGCAUGAUCUAGUCCAAGAAAUGGGUCAUGAAAUUGUUCAUCGCCAAUCUCAUGGAGAUCCUGGCAGACAGAGUAGGUUGUGGCUUACUAAUGACAUCAUUCGUGUACUGAAGAACAAUAGUGGAACAAACAGGAUCGAAGGCAUAGUCCUAAACUCUCUUCCACAAGAAGAAUUACACUUGAAUCCUAAUGUCUUCUCGGAGAUGAAGAACUUAAGAUUGCUCAAGAUCAUAGGUAAUGUGCACCUUUCUCAGGGCCUGAGCUAUCUUUCGACAGAGUUGCGGGUUUUGGAGUGGCAUGGAUAUCCUUUAAAAUCUUUGCCAAUGAAUUUCCGGCAACCUGAUAAACUCGUUGAACUGAGUAUGUGUUGCAGCCACAUUCAGCAACUAUGGCAAGGAACUAAGAGUUUAUACAAGUUAGAGCAUGUUAAUCUUAGUAACUCUCAAUACUUGGUGGAGACCCCGGACUUCACUAAUGCCCCAAAUCUUAAGAGGCUGAUUCUUCAAGGCUGUACAAAAUUGCAUAAUCUCCACUCAUCGGUUGGAGCACUAAAACGCCUUAUUUUUCUGAAUUUGAAAGGUUGCACAUCUCUUACAAGUCUUCCCUGUAACAUUAGCUGGGAUUCCCUAGAAAUUUUGAUUCUUUCUGGCUGUACGAGACUCUUGAAGUUUCCAGAAACGGUGGGAAACAUUAAUCGUUUGAGGCAACUUGAUUUGGAUGGGAUUGCAUUAGUAGAACUUCCAUCAUCAAUUGGGCAUUUAACUGGCCUUACUUCUUUGAGUUUGAGAGGCUGCAAAAGCCUCUUGAGUCUUCCGAGUGCUAUUUGUGGUCUGACAUCUCUUAAAACUCUCACUCUCACUGGUUGUUCAAAACUUGAGGAAAUGCCCGAGGGACUAGGGAAUUUGGAACAUCUGGAGAAGCUCGAUAUAAGUGAAACCGCUAUAAGGCAAUUUCCAACCUCCAUUGCAUGUCUACAAAAUCUUAAAAUCUUGUCCUUCCAAGGAUGUUCAGGUCUGCCGCCUAAUUCGUUUGUCAAACGAUUAGUAACUUGCUUUUGGGGGAACCCUGACACUGGUUUGGUAUUGCCUACUUCGUUGUCAAGUACUCUAUGCAGCUUGAUGCGAUUAGAUUUGAGUGAUUGCCAUUUAAAAGAUGGAGCAAUUCCCAGUGACCUGAGUGGCUUAUCAUCACUACAAUAUCUAGAUCUAAGUGGAAACGAUUUCACGCUCUUACCUGGAAGCAUCUCUCUACUUUCGAAGCUUAUUAUCAUUUUGUUGAGACGCUGUAGCCAGCUUCGAUCAUUGCCAGAAUUUCCGUCAAGUACACCAUACUUUGAUGCUGUAGAUUGUAUCUCAUUGGAGACAUGUUCUCAUAAACUUCAUGCAUGGGUAUCAGAUGAAACUGGAUUAGCUUUUCUAAAUAGUACCCGUGAGCCAUGUCAAUUGAAAGAUGGACAAUGCGACCUAUUGAAAGAAAAAACCAUUAAGGCAAACAUUGAUGUUGCGGCCAGAGGAGUAGGAAUUCCAAUGUGGUUCCAGAAUCAGAGUAUGGGUUCCUCGAUUACAAUUCGGUUGCAUCCUGAUUUGGAUGAUAGUAGAAAGUGGUUGGGAUAUGCUCUUUAUUUUUCCUAUAAAAUCAAUGACCUUGAAAGUUGGGAGUCAACAAGUACUUCUACAAGGUUAGAUUGUGAGGAGUAUGUGUUUCAUUUUGUUACCGAUGAAGGUCCUUUCAAAGCCCUCCUAAAGUUCGAUACACUCCAGAAAUUCCCUAAUACUAUUGAUACGUCAGCAGGAUAUUGGAUAUAUGUACAACGCAUCUGGUUUGAGAAAAAGUCAAAGGAGGUGGAUACAUGGAGUUACAUUGAGGUUUCAAUUACGAUUGGCAAUCCAUUCACGAUGGUGGAAAAGUGUGGGGCUCAACUAGUAUACGAGCAAAAUCUUCACGAGUUUAUUGAUGUAGUUUUAUCACAUCCUCAUUGAAUUUUACAAACACAAAUUCAAUUAGAAGAAAAUUAAUAGGUAUUUUUUUAGGUAAGAAUGUAAUAGACAAAUGUGUUCUUUUUAAUGGUGUUGUGUUAAAUAUUUAGAAUGUAUUUGCUGCACUCCAGAAAUAUUGAUCUUCACUUGUAUUAAUGUA